AUUUAGUUGUUUAUUUCCAAAGUCAAAGAUAUUGCUUCAUAUUCGUAUCAAAAAUGUCUUCAGAUUAUGGUAAGAUGACGUUCCGAGAACAGAUGCGAGGAUUUCCUCUUUUUCAAAUGUUCAUCAUUAGCUUAAUACGUUUUACAGAACCUAUUGCAUUUACUUCUUUCUUUCCUUAUGUGUACUUUAUGCUUAUCGGAUUCGGUGUACCCGAGAACGAAACAUGGAGAUAUUCAAGUUAUUACGCAGCUUCAUUUGCGUUCUUCCAAUUCCUUUUUUCUAUAAGUUGGUGCAAAGCUUCAGAUAAAUUUGGUAGAAAACCUACAUUACUCGUGAGUUUACUCGGUAGUGCCUUAUCAAUGCUAGUAUUUGGAUUUGCUAAAAGUUACUUUGUUGGGUUAAUAGCUAGAAGUAUGAUGGGUGGGUUCACUGUGAUUGCUAUUAUUCGUACAAUUAUUGGGGAAAUAGCUACUGAGAAGCGUCAUCAAUCUAUAGCCUAUCUGACGCUUCCUGCUUUUUGGAAUAUAGGUGUAGUUUUAGCUCCUUUGAUUGGUUCCAGUAAAUAUUUAGUUCGUGUUCCUGCUGAUAUCGCUAACCCUAAUAAUUUCUUAUCCAAAAUAAUCACAGUUAGACCCAUCUCAGUAAGUACGGCUGAGGGAUUUUAUGAUUCAUUUAUGGAUAAAUAUCCAUAUGCAUUAUCAAACAUUGUCAUUGCUGCUUAUAUUAUUUUAAAUAUCUUUAUUGGAUUCUUAUUUUUAGAAGAAACCCAUCCUGAUUUCAAGGGAAGAAGGGAUUAUGGUCUUGAACUUGGUGAUUUAAUCAGAACUGGUUUGGGUUAUGAAGUUCCAAUUAGACCUUGGAAAUCGGAAGGUUUGUCAAUAAUACAAUCAAAUGUAACCGAUAACAAUUCAUCUGUUCUUGAAAUUGAAUCCAUUGAUGAACGUACCCCAUUACAUCACUCUCACACUAGUCCAAGAGCUUUCUACAAUGAUCAAGAUGUUGAAGAUGAUGCUCUUUCUACCAGAAGUGAUGAUUCUGUUCAAUCUACUAACUUUCUCUCGAAACGUGCUUCCAAUGCUAUCGUUCGUAGAUACUCAGAAAUUCCUCAACUUCAUUUGACUAGAACUAAUACCCGUGACCCAGAUGCUGUUUCUAUUUUCACCUUUCAAGAAGGUGUUGAGGUUGGUGCAUUCACUAAGCCAGUAAUUCAAACAAUUACUGCUAAUUUCAUUCUUUCAUUUCAUAAUAUUAUAUAUUGGGAAUUCAUACCUGUAUUUUUGGCUGGGGAGUUUUUGAAGGAUGAAGUUCUGUUUCCUUUUACCAUUAGAGGCGGGUUUGGUUUUGACUCAGCUACCAUUGGUAAUUUGCUUUCUUAUACGGGAUUAAUAGGUACUUUGUCUAUAAUGAUACUUUUCCCAUUGAUUGAUCGUCAUAUGCGUGCUGUUGUAAGUUAUAGAUGUGGUCAAGCAGUCAUCCCAUUUGUGUAUUUGGCAUUACCUUUUAUGAUCUUUACGCUUCCUGAUUAUAACCCUAAAUUCAAACCUGGUCUCACAUUGAAUUUAUUAUAUUGCUUGUCUUCAUUGAGUACCGUUUGCUCAUCCAUAUGUUUUCCUCAAAUUUUCAUGUUGAUUCACCGUGCUUCCAUUCCCAAACAUAGGUCUUACAUUAAUGGGGCCUCGUUGAGUAUUACUUCAUUAGCAAGAUGUAUAGCUCCUCUUUUAUGGGGCUCUCUCAUGAGUAUUACAGAAAAGUAUUCAAUCAGUGAAGUUGCAUGGUUCUCAUUAGCCUUAUUAGCAUUCAGUGGCUUCAUUCAAUCCUUAUUUUUGAAGGAUUAUGACGAGGACUUGAAAGCAGAAGAUGAACCUUGAUGCAUUAAGAUAGACGAAUAUUUUCAUCUUCCAUCUUCAUUUAAUUUAUAAUUCUUUUAUUUACUUG